ACAACAACGACAGCGACGACGUCACGUCUCGUGGACGCGCACGAGCCUCCAAACCACGCGACAAGAUGGCGGCCCCUGUGAGAGCACAGCACUGACCACCGUGAAGGAGAGCCUCGACAUCACCAUGCCUCGGGAGGGUCCCCUUUCCCCUCGCACCACGGCCGCCAUGAAGCCAGUCUGACACAGCGACUGAGGGUCAGCGAGCAUUGGACACGCACGCGCACACCGGCCGGCCACCUCCGCGGGCAGGCCGGUGUGAUGGACAGGUGCAAGCAUGUGGGGCGGCUGCGGCUCGCCGCCGACCACUCCAUCCUCAACCCGCAGAAGUGGCACUGCGUGGACUGCAACACCACCGAGUCCAUCUGGGCCUGCCUGGGCUGCGCCCACGUGGCGUGCGGGCGCUACAUCGAGGAGCACGCCCUGCAGCACUUCAAGCAGCAGCACCACCCGCUGGCCAUGGAGGUCAACGAACUGUACGUCUUUUGUUACCUGUGCGACGACUACGUCCUCAACGACAACGCCACGGGCGACCUCAAGCUGCUGCGGAGCACGCUCAGUGCCAUCCAGAGUCAGCGCUACGAGGUCACCACUCGCAGCGGGCGCACGCUCCGCUCCGCCAGCGCCGCCUCCGACGCCCCGAUGCCCUGCGGCGCUCGGGAGCUGCAGCUCAGGGACGAGGACCGCAUGUUUACCGCCCUCUGGCACCGCCGCCGGGCCCUCAUGGGCCGCGUGUUCCGCUUCUGGUUCGGCCUGACGGACUGCGGGAAGGCGAGGCAGGAGGAGGAGAGGCAGCGGGAGGAGGAGGAGGAGCAGAAAAGGGAGGCGAGGGAGAGGAGGCGCGCCCUUAAAAGGCAGCUGCAGGAGGAGCUGGAGAAUGCGCCGCAGAGGAAGAGUCGGCGCUUGCGUCGAAGGAGUCGGCGGGUUUCCGAUGUUGCGGUGAAAAAGCCGCACUCGCGCCCCGCACCCAAAAAGACCAAAGCGUCUGCGCCCUCCCCUCUCGCCCGUAGGCCAAGGACUCGAACGCCCGCCGCCCCCGCCCUCAAGAAAAGCGCACGUGUCGAAAAGGUCCGGUCGACACUCGAGCCCAAGAGUCGCUCUUCUUCCGGCGCCAAAUCCAAACCCAGGUCCUUGGCCGCUGCCCCCCGCCGAAAGCAGAGCAGCAAAGAGGGCGGCUCGCCCUUCAAGCGGCGCCCCACGGUCACGCCAGGCGUGACGGGCCUGAGAAACCUGGGCAACACGUGUUACAUGAACUCCAUCCUGCAGGUGCUGAGCCAUCUGCACGUCUUCAGGGAGUGCUUCCUGCGCCUGGACCUCACCCAGGCGCUGGAGCUGCUGGCGUCCGCCGUUCACGGCCAGCUGGCGGGCAAGGCCUCGCCACACUCGCCCCUGAGCCACAGGAAGGGAUACCCGGCCAGCUCGGGGUCCGGGGCGGGGCUCAGCGGCGGGGCGUCGCGGGGCCGCAGCAUGGAGCUGAUCCAACCCAAAGAGCCCAGCUCCAAGCACAUCUCCCUCUGCCACGAGCUGCACACCUUGUUCCAGGUCAUGUGGUCCGGCAAGUGGGCGCUGGUGUCGCCGUUCGCCAUGCUGCACUCGGUGUGGCAGCUCAUCCCGGCGUUCCGAGGCUAUGCUCAGCAGGACGCUCAGGAGUUCCUGUGCGAGCUCCUGGACAAGGUGCAGCAGGAGCUGGAGAGCACGGGGAAGCACACGCCCAGCGCCGACGUCCCCCACACGCAGAAACGUCUCAUCAAGCAGGUCCUCAGUGUGGUCAACACCAUCUUCCACGGACAGCUCCUCAGCCAGGUGACGUGUCUGGCCUGCGACCAUCGCUCCAACACCGUGGAGCCGUUCUGGGAUCUGUCCCUGGAGUUCCCCGAGCGCUACCACAGCAACAGCCGGGAGUCGGCCGCGCAGGGCUCCUGUCACCUGACGGAAAUGCUGGCCAAGUUCACCGAGACUGAAGCUCUGGAGGGAAACAUCUACGCCUGCGACCAGUGCAACUACGCAUCCUCAUGUCUUCAUGUGCCAGGGCCCACAGCAGCACGAAGGCGGUCGUCGUCCAAAGCGGUCCUCCUCACCGAAGCCCGGAAACAGCUGAUGGUCCACAAGCUGCCUCAGGUGCUGCGGCUCCACCUCAAACGUUUCAGGUGGUCCGGGCGGAACCAUCGGGAGAAGAUCGGCGUCCACGUCAGCUUUGACCAGCUUCUCAACAUGGAGCCGUACUGCCGCAGAGAGCCCGCCCCCAAAGGCGUCAGCCCCCAGGGCUCCGCGCCAGGGUCCCCGCGUGCCAAGCACUUCCUGUACGAGCUGUCUGCCGUGGUGAUGCAUCAUGGGAAAGGCUUCGGGUCGGGCCACUACACGGCCUACUGCUACAACAGCGCAGGAGGUUUCUGGGUUCACUGCAACGACUCCAAGAUGAACGUGUGUUCCGUGGACGAGGUGUGCCGAGCCCAGGCCUACAUCCUCUUCUACACGCAGAGAGUUACUCAGGACAAAGACCGCCUAUUUUUGUGACUAGCGGGGGUUGUACAAAGACCAGGCGGAGUCCCCGUGACCGGGUCCGGUCCUGCUGUCACAUUCAGUUUGGACCAGGUCUGCAUUCAAAGAAGACCCCCCCUGCCUUUCCGCUAACACCUGGGAUGCCUGCAGGUAAACUGUUAGUCAAUCAAGUGGCCUUUUUUUCUAUGGAGAACAUCUAUUUUUAUACGGUGGCCAUUUUGUGGUCCUUGGUGAGCACAGAUGCCACGGCUGGUGAUUGUAUUUAAAGAAGAGAAAUUAGACCCACGUCUGAGUGAGAUUUACCUCCAUACUGGAGGACCUUGUACAGAGAACUAAGACCCAGCCAUGGUUGCUUUGGAAGCACAGUUGUCCAUCACUUCCUCCUGGUUGGGUGUUUGUGUAAACGGGCGUACGGACGUUAUUCUAUGCAAAGUGUUACCUCACUUUUUCUAGAGAACAUGACCUCAAUAAAUGCAAAUAUUUUUCCAUUUUUCUAUAAAACC